AUGAAUGCCCUACAAAACAGCAAUCAGCACCCCCACAAUCAGCAAGUUUACUACAACGCAAACACAUGCAGUGAUGUCCGUGAAAACACGCCAACGCAGACUGCUAGCAAUGGUGAAUGCAAACAUCAGGAUAUUGCUGGUCCUAGUGAUUACCUCCCUAUCAAUACUUGGUCAAUCGCUCCCCCUCUAGAGCCUAACUCUCUUAACAGAGAGCAGGUUACUACUAUUCCACCCUUUCAACCAGAGGUGUCCCCUUUCUCAGUCACUCUCGGUCCACAUCCCUCGGUUGCUACAGCCACUUCUGCUACCACCCGGGCAGUGGCAGCAACAGCCUCUUCAAUCCCAGAAUCGGAGGAGGCUGAUUACGGGUUUCCAUCUACCUCACAGAUUCACGUGUCGGGUGAGCAGUCAAUGAAACCACCGUACUCAUACAUUGCCCUCAUCAGUAUGGCCAUAGAUGCACAGCCUGACAAGAUGGUAACUCUCAGUGGAAUUUAUCGUUUCAUUGCGGAGAGGUUUCCAUAUUAUCGUGAAAACAAACAGGGUUGGCAGAACUCUAUUCGUCACAACCUCAGCCUAAACGAUUGUUUCGUAAAGGUUCCACGUGACGAUAAGCGGCCUGGCAAGGGUGCUUUUUGGACUCUUCAUCCAGCAGCGCACGGAAUGUUUGAGAAUGGCUCCUAUCUCAGACGAAAGCGAAGGUUUAAGACGAGUCACAAAGAGUCGCCUUUUGCAUCAUCCGGAGACGUAAGUGCUGAAAGCAGUAAGAAACGAGGCGUGGCAAAGACUGCUAGAAAACAAUAUGAUAGCUCCUCAUCAGCCCCAGUAGUUACGGAACCUAAUCAAAUAGCGUCCAACGAAGAAAACCAAAAUGAGGAAGAACCUCGUUAUUACCCGCUGGCUUCCUUGCAACGUUUUGGAGGAUUCCCAUUUAGUCAGCCUGCUUACCCUCUUUACCCAAGUGGCGAGGUGGAGCUUAAGGCCGCAGAACAUGGUGAAACCCCUGUGAGUUGUGACUGGAGCCCAGGUGAAGAAAGGACUGCUAGGUGCGAGUAUGAGACCCAGACGAACUUGCAACCAGGUGGGCAAACAAAGUUGCAGACCUAUGCACCCCAAAUACUACCCACCUUCCCACAGGCUUCGAACAAUAGCGAUAUCAGGUUCUGGACGUCACGACAGAUUUCUCCUACUAGCACUCGAAGUCUUGAUUGGUCCACCACUUAUCCCCGUCCUCCUGGUGGAAUGUAUAGCCUUCAAUCCUCUUCCCAGUGCUCACAACCAAGCGCCUGGGUCGGUGAGGCCAACCUUAUCGAUCGCACCUACCUAAUGAUGUCAAGUCAUCUUAAAAGUAGUGCUGCGCAAAUGCAGCAAAAUCGCCAUCAACAACACCUCUACCAACCUGAUCAACAGCAGCAACCAAUACCUGGGUGGUUUAACAUCGGUUAUGGAACGACAGUAACAGCACCCUACAACACCGCCUCGCAUGACUCUUCAACAAGCCUUGCGAGCAUCUCGCCAGAUCCAAACCUAAUCACCACACAGGGGUUGCAGAUCAUGGCGGCAGAACCACCGCCAUUGUCACUGACAGGUUCAGACUACGUACCGACGCCUCCCUACACCUACAGCAGUGGUGAAGGUGGGGCAAGAUUUACAAGUGAUGAUGAUGGAUACACUCUGACUCUGAAACCAGAACCAUAA